UGCACCGCCGUGAUUGGAUGGAUAAAAACCGAAAUUGUUGACAAGAUAAAAACCGUAACCACCGCUCGUAUAUUCGAGGUCGACGAUGAAUUUACACGGCGUCUCAGGUCAUCCCGAGCCUAAUUCCGAACCUCCGAUCACAGCUUCGAGUCCUCCGACUCCGACUCCGAAGCUGAAGAUUAGUGCCAAAUUGAAUAGAUGGUCCAGGGCCCGUGCUUUGCGAUCCGGUGUUAAGAUAGACCGUCCGAUUAACCGUAGUGAUAACACACCUUGCCGUCAAGUAACGACGGAGGAGGCUGAGAGGAAGACGUCGACGAUUGACGGUGAUGACGUGGAGAUAACGGCGGGAAAGUCGAUAUAUUUGGUUUCCGACGGGACUGGGUGGACGGCAGAGCACUCCGUUAACGCCGCUUUGGGGCAAUUCGAAGAUCGCUUGGUCAAUCGUGGUUGUUCUGUUAAUACACACCUCUUCUCUUGGGUUGAGGACGAGGAGAAGCUAAUGGAGAUAAUCAAGCAGGCGGCUAAAGAAAAGGCAAUGUGUUUCUACACUUUAGCAAACCCUUCAAUGGCGAAAUCCGCAAAGCAAGCUUGCGAUCUAAGUGGCGUGCUCUCGGUUGAUAUACUAGGACCAAUCAUCGAAGGGAUCGCGUCUCACUUAGGCGUAUCUCCGUCAGGUCUCACACGUGGAGCAGCUCCCGGUAGGGUCAAGACUCUCAAUGAUGCAUAUUUCAAAAGAAUCGAAGCCAUUGAGUUUACCAUCAAGCAAGACGACGGGACUUUACCCGAGAACUUAGGCAAGGCUGAUAUUAUUCUGGUCGGGGUCUCCAGGACAGGGAAGACGCCAUUGUCGACUUAUAUUGCUCAAAAAGGGUACAAAGUCGCAAAUGUGCCGUUUGUGAUGGGUGUGGAACCGCCCAAGACGCUUUUUGAGGUUGAACCGAGAAAAGUUUUUGCUUUGAAGAUUGAGCUUGUUGUUCUGCAAGCGAUUAGGAGAACAAGGGCUAAAACGUUAGGCGUGGAUUCGGUAGCAGAGAACUAUUACUCGGGCUUCGAUCUUGUUCGCAAAGAACUAGAUUUCGCAUCAAGGAUCUAUGCCAAAAACCCUGGAUGGUCUGUAAUAGAUGUGACGAAUAAAGCGAUUGAAGAAACCGCAGCUGUGAUUCUGCGGCUUUAUAACCAUGACGGUAGAGAGAGUAGUACUAGUGUACCGUGUAUAUCAAAACGCUACUAAGCUCAGCUCCUUUCCUUGGUCGGAUGAAACAGUUUAGUAUUACUAUUUCCUAAAGACAGAGAGAAAGAGAGUUUUGUCUCAAAUGAAUAAAGUCUUGCCAAAUACUUGUCUGUUUAUUGAGGAAAAAAAAUAUACUUGUCUGUUAUUUUUA